AAAGGACCUUGGAAAGCUAAAAGGGUUUCAGAUCUGGAUCUUAUUUUCCAGUUGUUUUUGGUCAGAAAACUCUGAACUAAAUUCGCUCGUGCCUGUUUGACAAGCCUUGUGAGUUUACAGUGUAUUUAGACGACAGGAAAAACCUGAAUCAUCUGGUAAUCUACCUUACAUUCAAAGCUGGUCAAGAACUAGCCCUGUUUCCUGAUUUCUUUCCGGCCACCAGGUCGUAUAACGUAAGCGAACGGAAUGUGUCCUUGAACAAUCAAAAUUUUAUUGACGACUUCGCUGCCAUAUGACGUGAGUGAAAGGACUUUUCCGUCUUCUUUUGAUCGCGUUCGCAGAGGAAAUAACUCAGGAUAGAAACUGAUAUUCUUUCAAAAAUUCGGAAUUACCAUUCGAACAAAGGGAAAAUAUUCGACAGGAAUAAGAUCCUGUAAGAUCGCGGGUCAAAAUGGAAACUGGUAUAGAGACAGAAGGGGACCGAGAGCUGGGAAAGGACACCAACGACGAAUCAAGCGACAGAAACGACAAAAGCAAAGAUGUCAUCAAAACUGCAAAACCAAAGAAGGAGCCAUUACGGAAUCUUCUGGCUUUCUAUGCUUUCGGUGCGUUGAUUUACACAGUAUAUUCUGUCAUCAUUUCAGGCGCACAAGACAUUCUGGCGGGUACUUUCAUUCCAACUGCCGCCGUGUUGGUGACAAAUGUUGGUCCAUAUUUUCUUGUGACAAUGAUCGCACCCUAUUUUAUACACAAGGUGCCGUACGUCGUGCGAAUAGUGGCGAUUUAUGCAUUUUUUACAGCAGGUCUGUUUAUCAUUGUUUAUGCUAAAGAAGUCUAUCUGAAGCUAGUUGGAAUUUGUACAACCUCCCUUGGAGCCGGAAUUGGGGAAGUAUCAUUUUUUACCUUAACCGCGUACUAUGAGAAGGUUUCGGUUGCUGCUUAUUCAGCGGGCACAGGCUCUGGCUUUAUUUUGGGACCUCUUUAUUAUACUGGUUUAACAACAUGGAGCUGUGUUUCGCCGAACAGUGCAAUGCUGAUAAUGGCUGGGUCACCUCUUCUCUAUCUAUUCUUUUAUGCAAUCAUGGAGAAAAAACACUCUGUGGCUGCUGUCACAUCCGGGGAACUUAACAAAUCGGAGUCACAAGCGAACAUGGUCACGUGGAAAGAAAAACUUUCUACAGCCGGAAAGAUCCUCCCAUUGGUUGUAUCUCUGUUCAUUGCCUACGUCAGCGAAUACGUCAUCAUUCAAUCUGUUAUCACUACUAUGGCAUUUCCGAGCGCCCCUUUCCCGCCUAGAGUUCAUUAUAGAUACUAUAUUUUUAUAUUUUUGAGUGGUGAAUUUAUUGCCAGGUCUUACCUUGCUGUGAUUGCCUCCCUGAAGCCAAGCCUUGUCAAUGUGUUCGCGAUUAGACGCAUAUGGAUAUUAUCGUUAGUCCUAGUGGCUCAACUAGUGUUUUUUACUCUAGCAGCAUGGUAUAGAUUCUUACACGACGUGUGGAUCGUUUUUAUUUUAAUUUUCAUCGCUGGUUUAGGCGCGGGUGCAGCUUUCACAAACGCUUUUGUUGUAGUGUCAGAGACCGACCCCAGAUUUAAGGAAUUUGCCAUGGGAUUUGCAACCAUAGGAAUGGGGGCCGGAACAUUUUGCGCUGGGGUAGUGGGACUACUUAUGGAACCGGUGAUUCGUGAUCAUUGUUUACUUGUAUCAGACGUAGGAGACUAUUGCUUUACCAGACCCUUUGGCGGAUGGAAUCAAACCUUAAGUUGCUGACACAAGCUGGACAUUGAUCGGGUGAUGUAAGCGUGCGUGUUAAGAUAGUCAUGAAAAGUACUGCUGUUGGUGACAUUGCCUGACGUUUAGACAACCUGGAUAAAAUCCAUCGCCGGUCAGAACCCCACAAAGUCACAAGUAUUUAUCCCGAAGUUCAUUUUCCCUGUUGCCAAAUUUGGAAAAAAAUGAACUGUCUGUAGCGUAUGCACCUUGUAUUUAUUUUCGUACACUCCAGCUGUUGCUUUCUUCUCUAACCAAUGGCACUAUUUUCCCAUCUGAGCGGCCGAUUCAUUGUCCGCUUUCCUUCCGCGUUUAUAAAGCCGUCUCUCUCUUGUUUUAAAUAUCUUUUAUUAGUCAUUAGUUCUCACACCAGUGGUGAGUUGAUCAGCUUUUCAAAUUUGAACUUAGUUCCCAUGAUGCGUGGUGUUGGCAAUUUCUCUCAAUUUCAAAACCUUAGUCUUUUUAUUUUUAGAAUUUUUUUUUUCGAUAUUACUUGGCCUGUCUUAACCUGGGUACCAUUAGAAUCGUAAAUGCUAAAUGUAGAGAUAUUUUGUAAUAUCAGCAAGAUAGAUAAGUUAAACUAAAAAGAUGAUGAAAAAAGAGCAACUGGCGCGGAAAGUUUGGGUAUGAAGUGAAGACACUAACAACGCCGUGUCACAUGCACCCUCUUCGGUUGAGUCAGUGCACCAAAAAAAUAUGAUAAUUCAGUCAAAUUCAGGUAUUAAAACAAACAGAGGUACUUAAACUGAAUAGUUCGACAUCUUAACAAAAAAAUACCUUUAUUUUAAUCAUGAUAUUUUUUAUUAUGAUUUUUCAAGCGCGAAGUUUUGUCUCUUUUAUUCAAAUUGGUUCUAUAUGUUUUACGUUGUUAGAGUGAGUGCUCACUGGAAGAUUUCGUUUUCAAGUUGUUUGUUGCAGUAAUUGUCGUUGAUGUACCGCUUUCUCCUUUGGCAUCAGUUCGCAAUACUUGAUAUCAGUUCGUAAUACUUGAUAUCAGUUCGUAAUACUUGAUCAGUUCGUAACACUUGCAUGUUCAGUUGU